UGUUUUCAGAUUUUGAAAUGAGUAAUACUCGUCAUGUAGUUGAGAAACAAUGCAAGAGGGUGUUGGGAAACAUAGAUGAGUCAGUUGUUGACCGGGUGGUGUCUGGCAUCAAACUCAGAUACGAGAAAGAUGACAUAAUAAGCAGAUUGCAGCCCAAACUAGAUGACAAAUCUGCCACGAAGUUAGUAGAAAAGGUAUUUUCUAAGCUUCAACAACAAGAACAGAACAAUCUAGAUAACUCUGUAACAGGUGCGGCGCAGACGGCUAAAAGAGCGCGAGCAGAUUCGACAAAUGACAGCGAUGUAUCUGACAACAACAAUGCGGACCCGAAACGAAGUCGGGUAGCAGCAUCGAAUGGUGCAGCAGUCGCAGAAGAUAACUCAAUGCCGAAGCGUCUGACGCCGGAUGAAAUUCAACGAAUGAUGAGUGACGCCAAAAAAUGGCUGGAGGAAAAGAAGCAGAAAAUUGGACCUACAAUUCCAGGAACGUCUUCGGUUGCACCCACUGAGACAAAACCUGCAGUGAGUGAUCCGACAAAUGCCUUGGCUAAUCGAGCAGCCGAGUUGCGAAGUCGAAUCAACUCAGCGUUAGGUUCAGGUUUGAUCACACCUUCAGUUCCUAUUGGAAGUGCUCCGUCGGUAACCUCCGGUUUGGCAACACCAGGUGGUUUUCUUUCAACAACCAAAGGUCUGGCAACGCCAAUUUUUCCGGGAAUUCAAACACCGGCUUUUCUGGGAGGAGCUCAGUCGGCCAUGCCUUUGAUAGACCAGCUCAAACCAAAAGAACAGAUGCCGGGUCCUCUGGUCUUGGACGACGAGGGUCAAACUGUAAAUGCCCAAACUGGAGAAAAGUUGGCACUGACUCCUAGAAUGCCAACGCUAAAAGCGAACAUCAGAGCGAAGAAACACGAGGAAUUCAAACAGCUUCUCUCAACUUCUAUGAUCAAGAAAGACUCUUCAGAUAGCAAACCAGAGGCGUCGGUUCAUUUUGACCCGAGAGUAGAUUUGAAACCCUCGAUACGGCAGCCGAGAAGAAAUUUUAAAUUCCACGAACCGGGUAAGUUCGAAACAAUGGCAAAGAAAAUCAAAAUGAAGGCGCAAUUAGAUAAACUUCAUGGAGAAAUCAGUGAAGCCGCAAAAAGAACUGGAAUCCAAGCGGCUGUUAAAUUGGCACUUGUUCAGCCAAAGGUCGAACACAAAGAAGGUGUAUUGCCUCAGGUAGAAUGGUGGGACGGAGUUUUGCUGCCUAAUAAUACGUAUGAAGAUUGCAGGCGACAGGGAAAUUUGAAUAAACAAGGCAAAGUUGAGAAGUAUAAUACCAUAUCGCACUUGGUGGAACAUCCUACCCAAGUCAAGUCACCUGAUGAUGAUACGGAAAUCAAGCCUUUGAAACUUCAUUUGACCAAAAAAGAGCAGAAAAAGUUCAGAAGGCAGAGAAGAAGAGAGGAGGAAAAAGAGAAAACAGAGAAAAUAAGACUGGGUCUCCUUCCACCACCUGAACCCAAAGUUAAGAUUUCCAAUUUGAUGAGAGUUUUGGGUAAUGAUGCCAUUCAGGAUCCCACAAAAGUAGAGGCUCAUGUCAAAGCACAGAUGGCAAAACGACAGAAAGCACACGAGCUGGCCAAUGCUUCUCGGAAGUUGACGAACGAGCAACGACGUAAGAAAAAGAUGGAUAAACUUAAAGAAGAUAUCACUACAGGAGUCAACGUUGCAGUUUACAGGCUGAAGACAUUAUUUAAUCCAUCUCAUAAGUUCAAAGUUGUUGAAAAUGCGAAGCAAUAUUUGAUGACAGGUGUUUCUUUAAUUACAGAAGAUAUCGCUGUUAUUAUAGUUGAAGGGGGACCUAAACAACAGAAGAAGUUUAAAAACUUAAUGUUGCGAAGGAUCCACUGGAAGGAAGAUCUAAAGAAAAGGUCAAUGUUGACCAAUGAUGAGAAAACAUCCGAAGCUUUGAAAACUAACAAGUGUGACUUAGUUUGGGAAGGAGUGGUGAAGUACAGAUCUUUUCCACAGCUGAAGCCGAAGAUGUUCCAGAGCGUUAGUCUGGUUAGAGAAUACUUGAAAAGACUGAAUGUGGAACACUAUUGGGAUUUAGCACACGCGGAGGCUGUUUUAGACAGCAGUGACUCGUGAACUAAGAAAAAAGAAACUAUCUUUAAUAUUUGUUAAAAUGUCUUGUAUACUGAUGACUAAGCAGUGAAAUUCUUGAGUUUAGUUUUAUUCAAA